AUGGCCGAAGUCGACCAGUUCGAUAGUGCGCUCGACCUACUACGUCGCCUCGACCCCAAGCACACGGCGAGCCAUCUCAACGCUCUUAUUGACCUUGUGCCGGCAUUAACAGAGGACCUCCUCUCAGCUGUCGACCAGCCGCUGAGCAUCGCGCGCUGUCAGACUACCGGCCGCGACUACCUGCUAUGUGACUACAACCGCGAUGGCGAUAGCUACCGCUCGCCUUGGUCCGGAGCAUUUGAGAGUCCGCGCGGCGGCAGUGGGCCUGGUGGUGUCGACGAGCUAGGCAACAACGAUGGCGCCGGCGAGGGCGCCGUUCCUAAUGAGCGUCUUCGACAAAUGGAAAUCCGCGCCAAUGAAGCUUUUGACGUUUAUCGCGAGCUCUAUUACGAAGGUGGUGUGAGCAGUGUUUUUUUCUGGAAUCUUGACGAUGGCUUUGCGGGGGUCGUUCUCUUAAAAAAGGUUGCGUCGCCGACGGGCAAGAGUGAAGGUGCGUGGGACUCGAUCCAUGUUUUCGAAGCCGUCGACCGCGCACGUACGGCCCAUUAUAAGCUUACGAGUUCCGUCAUCUUGCACCUCUCCACUGCCAACGAAACUCUGGGGGAAAUGGAUCUGAGUGGAAAUAUGACCCGGCAGAUUGAGACCGAUCUCCCCGUUGAAGAUGAUAUUUCCCACAUUGCCAACAUUGGAAAGCUCGUUGAGGACAUGGAACUGAAGAUGCGGAAUUUGCUACAAGAUGUCUAUUUCGGCAAGGCAAAAGAUAUAGUGGGAGAUCUGAGAAGCGUGCUACCGCUGAGCGAAGCGCACCAGGAUAAAUCUACCCACCAAGAAAUGAUCAAUUUGAUGAAACAGUAG